AUGUCUCUUGAACCCGGAUCUCGAAUACCGUCCCCCUUGAGCUCCGGCCGCUCUUCGCCACAGCCACGAUCACGGCUCCGGAACGAUGAUGAUAUUACCAAGAAAGAUCCGAAAUACAAACGGUAUUCUGCAAAUAUCGACCGUGCACUUUCGUUAUUUGAGAGCUAUACUUUACAAGAAUGGGCAGAUUACAUAUCAUUUUUAGGGCGGCUACUAAAGGCGUUACAAUCAUAUCCUUCGCUGCCACUCAUACCCUCAAAGAAUCUUAUCGCAAAGCGACUUGCUCAAUGUCUUAACCCUCAAUUACCAUCUGGAGUUCACCAAAAAACAAUCGAGGUCUAUUCGUACAUCUUCAACAUGAUCGGGCGCGAAGGAUUGGCGCAAGAUUUGUCUUUAUGGACGCCUGGAUUAACACCAGUACUUUCUUAUGCAUCUUUGACUCUCAAGCCUCAUUAUCUCACCCUUUUGGAAAGGUUUUACCUGCCACUUUCCACCUCAUUACGUCCGGCGCUCAAGAGCCUUAUUUUAUCAUUACUUCCAGGAAUAGAUGAGGAAGGAGGUGAAUACUUUGAUAGAACUCUGGCUUUAAUGGAUGGAAUCAGGAAUGGGGUUGGGGAUGAUGCCUAUUUUUGGCAGUGUUUUUUAUUGGCUACUAUUACUAGCCCAGGAAGGCGCCAGGGAGCGUUAGCAUUUUUGGGUAGAAGACUCCCGACACUAGACGAGGCAAAGAAAAUGGAAGCUCCGGAAGACACUCAUGACAUAGCUUUGGACGAUGGUAAAGGUAGUGAGGCAGAGGCUUUGGUAAACCCCGAGCCAGGCCUCCUGGUACGAGCAUUCUGUGCUGGAUUAGGUGACGAGCAGCUAUUAGUUCAACGUGGAUUCCUUGAUUUGCUGGUUGGAUCUUUGCCUCUUUCUUGUAGGAUUCUCCAAGAGAGGGUGAGCAAGCCUGAUCUCGAGUUACUGGUGACUUUAGCAGCCGGAGUAGUGUUAAGGAAGGACAUGGGCCUGAAUCGAAGACUUUGGGCGUGGUUUCUGGGGCCAGACGGCCAGGACCAAAGAGACAAAGGUUAUUUACAUAAAUAUGGCCUCAAUUCACUUGUUGGAGGAUUGAUCAAGAUGUUGGAUUGUGCGGAAGAUACUAGCGCGGCAGAACGCGCAAAGCCUUACAGGAUAUGUCUGUCGCUGAUGGACAGGUGGGAGGUUGGUUCUUUGGUAGUUCCGAAGCUCUUCUUACCAGUUGUCGAAAGUGUCCGGCAGUAUGAAAAAUCUGCACCCAGCAAGGAGGUUUAUGUCGAGGUUCUGAGGAGUGCGAGGAUGUUUUUCGAUGGAGUCGAGGCUUCGCUUAUUUGGGAGCAGAUCCUAGAGAAAGUCGUAUCGGCAUUUUCUGUUGAGAAUGGAGGCGAUGGAGAGGAAAUGCUGGAGAGUGUAAGUUUUGUCAUAAGAACGUUCAAUGUUAGCGAAGAAGAGAUGGUAUUGGUGCACGCUCCUUUGCUAGUAUUGGCUGUUCUAGUUGAAUUGAGGGCAAGUGCCACGGGAAGGAGAGGACUGAAAGCAAGAGGAUUUCAGAUCACAGAGGAGCUGUGGCAGCUGAUUCCUGAACGAGCUUUUAAGAGUACAGUCUCUGAUGAGAUAUCAGAUGAAGAUACAGAGAUUGAGGAAAUACGGAAGAAAAUCCAAAAGUUCUACAGAAAAGGACAAACAAACAACAAUUCAGAAUCUACUCCACCGUUUUCUAUGAAAACAAUUGGACGGCUAAUAUUACGGGAGACGGCCAUAGCCGUAGAAACUGCCUUGGACGAACCCGAUGUCGGUGUCCGCUGCCAGCUCUUAGUCAACGUCAUCCAGAAAACGCCCAAGUUUCCAGAAUCACACGAAUCCUCCCAUUUCAUCGAGUCUUUCUUGAAAACUCUUUCUUCAGAAGGCAUUUCCUUUGCAGCCCUUCAGGGGAUUGCUAAUGUGGUAGCUGCUAUGUAUGUUAAGGGUUAUCUCUCACCGCAGACAAUCGACUCAUUAAUUCUACCGAUCGUGAAAAAUAUCUGGGAUUAUCUUUCACCAGAUACACCAAAGUUUCAUGUAGAAGCUGUAAAGGCCCUGUGGAAUCUUCAGAACGUUCUUGGGGAUAGAAGAAUUGAAGCUGCUGUUGCAACCGUUAUGACUGAAGGGGAUGUUGGGGGUAUUUAUUCUUUCAGGAGCGCUGAGCAGGGUCGGAAGUUUGGGGUUUUGUGGACACAUAGCAUGGGCUACACAGGCGGGGGUGGGCCUGAGAUGGUUUUGACUAGACCACUAUUUUUGUUCCUGGACUCACUAGUAGAUGACGGCUUGGAAAUGGCUGUGUUUGCCAGGGGAUGGCUACAGAAUUUAGGAAGUCUAAACAGGUUAUUCAGCGUUUUUGUUUCGAAGCUUCUCGGACUGGAUUUCUUGAAAGACCCCGGGCAACGAGAUGCGAACGGCGCACCGCUCAAGAGGCAUGUUUACAGUGAAAAUCACGAUCUCGAAGUGGCUACAUACUAUUUUCAAACUUUAUCAAAUGUUCUACAAUAUUCGACACCUAGCGUUAUGGCAGCGUUGGCAACCGAAUCAGCUAUUGGUACCGAUGAAACACGGUUAAGAACCUUGGCGGAAAAUGGUUACGGAGAGGAAGACAUGCCUCUACAAACAUUUUUUGUGAAGGUUGCAAUUAGGGCUAUUGAUGGUGACGCGAAUGACAGAGAUGGCAAUCAAAGUGUCUCUCGGCUCCACCGAACGGCGUUAAAAGUGCUUCACCGCUUACUUCUUAGCGUUUAUGCAAAACCACUUGCAGAAUUGGAGCUGGAGAACAUGCUUACUGCUCGAUUGAUAUCUGCAAUAGAAACCAAGGACACCUUUGUACAGGUUUCUUUACUUGAUGUUCUGUUUGCGGCCUUGAAGCUAUCUCUUAUGCGGCCAACGAGUCAAUUAGGCCAGUUGAAGAUGCACUCCGGAAGUAUUAAGGGAGGCCGUUCAGUCACGUCUAUACAGGACCCAGAAAAAGCAAAUCCUCCACCACCUCAGGCCAAACCCCCACAGCAACUAGUUAGGUGUCUCGUGGGUGGAUUUUCAAGCCCAAGUGGUAGGCCAGUGCUGGAUAGCUGGAUUAACUUCUUGACUGAGUGUUUACCAUUGCUGGAGAAUGUAAUAUUUCAGAUUCUAAUACCACUGGUGGAGUGUCUGUGCGAGCAAAUCAGGCAAACCUUUGAGGCGCUCAAACAAGUGUUCAAGGAAGCGGAGCAUCGUGGUGUAGCAUCCAAGGCGAGGAGCCCCGAGGGAACUUUAGUGGCGUUACUCAAUGGCCUAGAGCAGAUUCUGGCAGCAGCUCAUGAUAAGCUUCUUACAGAAGAGAUCAAAGUUGCGGGUCCAAAAAGCCCUGAUGCACAGACAACGGGUGGAUUCUUCGGAAACAUGGUUAGCGGUGUUUUCGCUGUGGAAAGCCCGCAGAACAGGAGCGCGGCUGCAAACAACCGCCUUACUGUGCUCUUAUGUUUCCAGGACACUGUCAAGAGCUGUUACGCCAUUUGGAGCUGGGGCGAUGCCAACUCUGGUGCUGGAGAGAGCGAAGCAAUGCUUGACUCUGGGAGCAGGGAGAGUUGGUUAUACACUAGUGUCCGAAUGAGAGGCCGUGCCAGAAGGAUUUUGGAGCAUCUUUUUGCAGCGGAAACACUGGAGUGUCUGGAAACGUUGAUUGAGCUGUGGCCCGCAAAGGAUUCCGUGGGAAUUGACACUGGAAAUAAGAAGAUGGCGAGCAUCUUCAAGCUUAUUAAUGUUCUUGAUGGCUCGAGGCCUAAACAUACGAUUCCAGCAAUAUUCAACGCAAUUUACUCGAGGACGAAUCCAGGAGCUUUAGAUCCGAAUAGAAAGUCUACAUUGACUGCCGAACUUAGCGAUUUAGAGGUGGUUGUAUUUUUAGUGGAGUACGCUCGAAGUUUAGAGGAUGAUGCGAUGGACGAGAUCUGGGCGGAUUGCAUGGUCUUUUUGAGGGAUGUCCUGACAAACCCAUUUCCCCACAGGCAGACCUUGCCGAGUCUGCUGAGCUUUACCGCGAUAUUGGGAGAGAAGGUUGACAACACGAAUUUCGGAGAACAGAAAAGAAUGAGAAAGGAAUUAGGAGACUUGUUUCUGCGACUCUUGACUGCUGCAUUUACUGCACGACCAAUGGGGCAGAAUCUCUUGGAAGCCCCAGCACCUGUUGCAGGUUCCACUGGGGAGAAACAAGUCGACAAUGAGGGCAACAGCGAAAAGAUUGGUCGAGGAAGAGCUUCUCCGGAUGAUAUCGUGGCAAUCCUAGCAACGAUCGUUCCUGAGCUUCGCAAGGUAUUGGUUGAGCAUGACCGGGUUGUCGCCGCGUCGGUCACAAUAUCCACAAGCGUGAUUGGGCCGACCUUCAGGUCAAAAGCAUUUCCCCAGAAUAUAUCCCCUGGGAUAUUGGAUCUUUUGUAUCAACUUACGCGGUUACAAAACAAUCAGAAGGCCUGGAAGAAGGAGCUUUCUGAUGCCCUGCUAGAUGCAAAAUUCUUCUCCUCGUCGAUACCACUAGUGAAGGAAGGAUGGGUGCCUCUUGUGAGGCAAUAUCUCCUCAGUGACCGUGAACGCAUGGUUGAUCUACUAGGAAGAAUCACCCCGCCCACAACCGCAGGCGUACUAUUCGGAGUAGGCGCCACAUCAGCCCGCCAAGAGGCCGACAAAAAGACGCAGCUGAACCUCCGGCGCAUCGCAUUCCUCAUUCUCGCCGCCGAAAAAGACACAUUCGUCAUCAACCUCAAAGAGCUCGAAGAGAAGCUCGUCGAGCUCCUCUCCGCCACCGCGGUCACCUCGCCGUCAUCGGUAACAAGGGGCGAGGUAUACAUGGUCUUCCGCGCGCUCGCGCUCCGAACCUCCCCCGUGCACCUCGCCUCCUUCUGGCCCCUCAUCAACACCGAGCUGCAGUCCGCCCUCUCCGCUCUCUUCCCCGACGACGAAAACAACGGCACCUACACCGACGCUACAAUCCUGCAGGCCUGUAAGCUCCUCGACACGCUGCUCGUCAUCGCGCCCGACGAGUUCCAGCUCCACGAAUGGCUCUUUGUCACGGACACCAUCGAGGCCGUGUACCGCCCCAGCGGCUGGGUGCCCGCCGCGCUCGUGGACCAGGUGGCGAACGAGCUGCCGUCGUUGUCGCUGCAGAGCGAUACGGCGGUGGGGAACAGGAGGAGGCCGUGGCUGACGGGGGAGAGGGUCAGGGAGUUUGAGAGGAACGGCGCGGAUGUAAAGACGGAGAUAUUGAGGCCGUUCUUUAAUAAUUUGAGCAUCUUUGUGUAUGAGGGGACGUAUGGGAUGAAGCCGCCGGACCUGGACAGCUGUGAGGACGCGCUGAUGAGGGAUAUGUUUGUGGAGGAGGUGGUGUAG